AUGCUUGGACAUAGCAGAAGUACUCAUAAGCAAUGUUUCAUGAACCCAAAGAACAUUUCUCUCCACAUUCCUCAAAAGAGAACUAAUGUAGAUGAAUAUCCUGCAGAAAGUAGCCGAACUGCUGCCUUGAGAAUAAGAUGUGAGCCUGUCCAAGACCAAAAUUUGGACAUAGAAACAUCGACUUCUAUUUCAGUUUCUGAGUUGACUGAAUUUUCACUUGCAAAUGAGACUAUUACUGAAGUUCUUGAAGCAGUCAUGGAAGAAGAGAUUGAGGAGACUUCAUCCGAUAAAGAAGUGACUGGAAGAGAAGAAGAAGUCGAGGAGAUUUCAACUGUGGAUAGAGGAUCAAUUUUACCUCAUUGUUCUCACUCUAUUUCAGAACCAGCAGUUGAUAACAGGGGAGAUAUAGAUAUUGAGUGUCAAUUUUGUGGGGCAAUGAUGUGGGCACAUGAAAAAAACAGUCGUUCUUCUUUAAGAAGCCCCACGUUCUCUAUGUGUUGUAACAAAGGAAAGCAUGUUCUCCCCCAAAUUGAGCCAACACCUACAGGAAUUGCUGAGCUUUUGAACUAUAGAACACGUAAUGGAAAGAAGUUUCUUGAAAACAUUCGAAGCUAUAAUAGUACAAUGAGCUUUACUUCUUUGGGAGCUAAAAUUGAUAUCUCUGUUGGCAACAAUAUCAAUGGGGCAUACAACUUCCGGAUUCACAAAACAAUUUGUCAUAGAAUUGGAUCUAUUUUGCCAGUGACAGAAUCUGAUAUCGCUCACCCAAAAUUCGCUCAGAUCUAUAUUUAUGAUAGUGCUGCUCAGAUAGAUCAAAGACAGUACCAUUCCCCACAAUUGGAGAGAAGUGUUUUGGAGAAGAUUCAGUCCAUUCUUAUGGAAACAAAUCCAUUCGUACAUCUCUUCAGAACAAUGGAUCAAAUUUCUUGGGAAAAGAAACAAUCUAUAGAUCUCAUUUUGCGUUUAGUAGCUGAGGGGCCUUGGGAUCAAAGACAGUACAAUGCUCCACCUGCAAAGACAUUGUGCUGCACACCAGAGCCAACUUCCAACAGAACAUCAAUGAGUACCACUGAUCUUAUGAUGCUUUAUACUAUGUGCUACUCUUUCCAUAUGGUGAAGAUGGUUGGACCAUUGAUGCCAGCUCGUUGUCAGGAGAUUGAGUACAAUCGGCUGCACUUCAUCACCAGCAAUCAAAAUCGUCUCCGUGUAGAUCUUUAUAGUGGAAUUCAGGAUGCUAUUAUCUAUAACGAUUGUAAUCUUGCAAAUCUUGGAAAGAGAGCUAUUCUUCUAUCUUCCUUUAUUGGUAGCCCCUGGUAUAUGGCUCAACUUUAUCAAGAUUCAAUGAGUAUUGUGCGUCGUUUUGGCAAGCCUGAUUUGUUCAUAACUUUCACUUGCAAUUCAAAGUGGCCAGAAAUCACAAAUUUCCUAUUGGCUGGGCAAAAAGCUAAUGACAGACCGGAUCUUUGUUCUCGGGUUUUCAAUAUGAAGUUUAAAGAGCUCAUGAUUGAUCUUACAAAAAAAAUAUUCUGGGGAAAGUUUUGGUCUUUAUAUAUGUCAUUGAAUUCCAAAAGCGCGGACUUCCUCAUGCCCACAUUCUUUUGA